AUGUCUGUGCCUCAGGUAACAAAGCGAGUGAAAGUUGAGGUCGAAACCAUUGUAAAGAUUCCCGACCUCAAGGUCAUCAAACCAAAGAUUUUUCCUGAUGAUCGUGGAUAUUUUGUUGAAACCUACAAUGAAACAGAAUGGGCUACCGAACUCGGAUUUAAGGAGAUUUUCAAACAGGAUAACCAUUCCUAUUCGAAAAAAGGUGUAUUGCGGGGGCUCCACGCUCAACCAGGAAUGGGAAAGUUGGUGUCAGUGAUUUCUGGUGAAAUUUUCGAUGUUGCUGUUGAUGUACGUCCUGAAAGUGCCACAUAUGGACAAUGGCAUGGUGUGAUACUUAGCGGUGCGAAUAAACAUGCUUUCUGGAUUCCUGAUGGAUUUGCUCAUGGUUUUCAGUGUUUGUCACCAGAGGGAGCGCAUGUCACGUAUAAAUGUACCGGUGUUUAUAAUCCAGCAACAGAAUAUGGAGUUGACCCUUUCGACAAGGAUAUCAACGUAAAUUGGCCGAUUGUUGACGAAGUGAUCGUAAGUGAAAGGGAUCGAAGUCACAAAUCAUUUGCUGAACAUCGAUCAAGUUGA